AUGGCACAGGAAUCAGAGAAUGCAAUCUUAAAUCGCAAACGCGCCUUUAAGCCCAAAGUGAGCACUGGUUGCCUGACCUGCAAGACCCGGCGGGUGAAAUGUGAUGAGGCAAAGCCUGCUUGCGCGAGGUGUCUAGGUACCGGACGAAAAUGCGACGGCUAUGGACCAAAUAAACCACCGGUCGCUGUACCUAGGACACUGGCCCCUGCCCCUGCAGUCGAGUCAUCUAUAGAAGCCCGGGCACUGGAGCUUUUCUUCCAUAAAACAGCAACACAAUUAGCAGGCUCUUUUGAGGCCGCGUUCUUCCAAGGUAGUGUCGCCCAAUUGAGCCUUGUGGAGCCUACUAUCAGACACGCCAUUGCUGCGAUUGCAAUCCUCCACGAAGAGCUGUCAUCAAGUUCACCAGGACGAGAAUGGGAUAUUAAUGGUCCAGAAGUCCCAGUUCAAUGUUAUAAUAGAGCUAUUCGCGCUCUGCUGCAAAAGUUCGAGACAGAGCAAACCCCGAUUUCGUUGACAUCCAUGGCAAACAUAUUGUUCACUUGCUUCGAGUACUUCCAAGGGAACUUGACUGCGGCCAGAUCUCAUGUCAAAAGUGGAAUCAAGCUUUUGGAAUCUUGGCGAGAAAAUACGAGACUGCUCGCUCAUAAACCAUGGGGUCAAAGUUAUGAUUCUUAUGAAUCAUACUUUAUGGAAACUGAGAUCGCGCCACUCCUCACCGUCUUCCGUAUCAAUAUUCUAGAUAAUGAAGAUAUCGAAGAUGCUAGGUUUUACCUAAAUCCGGUCGACAAGAAUGGCGAUGUUGUACUCGGCGAUCGAUUCGAAAACAUACAACAAGCCAGAGCCGGGUUAUUAGACGUGAUUACGUCUGCGAGUGGGCGUCUACGAGCUGUUAACGAACAUCUUCCUAACAAUGACCUGGCCGGUAAAAAGGUCAACCAGAUCACGCAUGUUAUACCUGAAGAGAUUAUGUCUCAAUGGGAAACCAAGUUCGACGACCUAAUUUCCCGACAGAGUUAUUUAUGGGGAAACAAAGAAAGACAAGCCGCAAACAUUGUCCGCAUUAUCAACAUAGCCGAGACUCUCCGAGCUCGCAACUACAUGACCAGUAUUGAGUCCUCAUGGGAUAGUGCACGAGCCGAGUACGAAGAAAUGCUAUCGAUAGCCGACAGUCUCAUCUCCGAUCACAGUCGCUUCCCUAAUGACGGAUUCCGACUCUUAAGUUUGGAUUUCGGCAUGCUAUUUUGCUUCCACUUGCUAGCUUGGAAAUGCAGAUGGCCUUCUCUUCGUCGCUGGGCACUGUCUUUAUUGUGCAAAGUGCCUAAGCGUGAGUGGCUCUUCGAUCCGAAACACUAUCACGCCAUCUUCUCGCGCAUUUUGGAGAUUGAGGAGGGAUAUCUCGGUGCUUUGCCGGAGGAAAUCAUUCAGCAGGACCUUGUUCCUCCUGAAAAUGCUCGAAUUUAUGAUUUUACGGUCAUACCUCAAUCGUCUCCUUCCUCUUAUUCGUCGGGCCGGGCUGUUUCUUAUUCAGUGACUUUCUGGAGUAAGCCUAUGGGUCUUGAUGGGCCGUUAUCGAGCUUGACGGAGUAUAUGCUUUUAGAAGCUUCUCAACCAGGCGAGACAGCUGUCCCGUCAAGUUUCAUUGACAAGCACCAUCCGCGUCUUCGCACCGAGGAUAUAGCGAGCAUCGGGCCGAGGUCUACGUCGGCAAUGGCCUGCCUAGAGUCUAAUGAAUCAUGA